AUGGAUCAGAGCUUAAUGGUUUUUCCAGUUGGAAUGUGUAUCUUAUUGUAUUUCACUAUGUUUGGAACAUCGUUGGCUAACUUUGGAGUGCAUUUUAUUUAUAGAAACAAGGAAUGGAUAUGUUUCAACGCGACUCGAGUAUUCAUUUGGAUCACAUGCCCACUUAUCCUUGGUAUUGUUUAUACAAUAUCUACUUGUAUGUUUUUUGGAAUGAAUGAGGCCACCGAGCAGUUUAUGAGGGUAAAAGUGCUUCAAAACAAUUCAAUAGACAACUUGAGUUUUAUCGGUUUUUACAUUUAUCCGGUAGAUCAAAACGGCAAAGAGUAUGUGAACUGGCAUAGUAUAUUUGGCUUAACAGCAGUUUCAACGUUGAUUACAAUCUCCAUUUCCAUGAUGCUCUACUUUGGCACCCGUUGCUACACGAAACUCCACAGCUUUACUGAACUUUCUACUGUAUCCCAUCACUACCGAUCGAUACAAAACGAAUUAUUUUUUGCGUUGGUGAUCCAAGCAGCUAUUCCAUUAUGUCUCAUGCAUCUGCCCAGUACAAUUAUUGCAAUCACUUGUUUCAUGAAUUCAGCUCCAGAAUCCCUUGGACCAGUCACUGCGAUUUUUAUUUCAUUUUAUCCGGUUCUUGACCCUUUACCCAAUAUUUUUAUAAUUAAGCCUUAUCGGAAUGCGUUUUUAAAUCUCAUGUUCUGCUGGAAGCCGAGACUGUCAGAAACCUCUCUCCAAGCUGUCAAUAGUUUUAAUGCAGUGGCGAUAAAUAUUGUUGGUGUCAUGGAAAUGUGA